AUGAGCCUACAAGCCCUUAGUAACCAGCAUGUCGUCCUCUUGCGCGUCUUUCUCUUUCCCCCCAAGCAGCGACCAGGUCUAUUGGAUCUGUGCUUUCAAGUGGAAGACCCUCAGGACCCACGGAACUUCUCAAGUUUGAAGAAAUGGAGCAUCAUUCUACCUCCAAUACUCAUGGUCAUCUUCCUCUCCUCAUCGGCGUCCAGCUUCGCUCUCGGUCUCCCGAGCAUGACGGCUGAUCUGGGAUGCUCGCAGUUCGAGGCGUAUCUCGCGCUGGGAAUGUUUCCGCUCGGCUUUGGCGUCGUUCCGUUCUUCGCGUCCCCGCUGAGCGAGAGCUGGGGAAGACGCCCCGUCUUCCUGCUUUCCGGACUCCUUUUGGUCCUCACGCAUAUCAUGGCUGGACUAGCCCGGAAUACAGCCACGGUGGUUGUCGCCCGCUUCUUGCAAGGAUCCUCCGCUAUUCUGGUCAACGUCGUCGGCGGGGCGAUUGCCGAUAUGUGGCUUCCGAUAGACCGUGGACUGCCCAUGGCCGUGUUCUCCGCUACUGCAAUGGGCGCGAACGGUGUUGGCCCCAUCUUCUCUGGCUGGAUAGAACAGAGCCCUUUGCUCGGUUGGCGCUGGAUUCAAUGGGUUCAUCUGAUGGAACCUGUCGUGACGAGCUUCAGCAUCUGGAUCUCAUUUGUCUGGGGAGUUUAUUACGGCAUUCUUGCAUCUCUCCCAGCUAUUCUCCGCACUGUGCAUGGGUUUUCCGCGAGUUCCGUAGGGCUUGCAUACAUUGCCAUCAUUCUGGGAGCGGCGCUCGGAUUCUGCACGAACCUCUGUUUAGAGCGAUAUCAGUCCACGCGAAGCAUCGAUCCGACGCCCGAGAGCCGGCUCGCCUAUGCAUGUGUUUCGGCGGUCGUGUUCCCCCUGGCAAUGGUCUUCUUCGCAGUAUGUUCGAUUCCUUCGGUGCAUUGGGCUGCGCUGGAAGUCGCUCUUGUGCUCUGCGUAUGGUCAAUAUUCGGAGUCUAUGGCGCCGUCUUUGCAUAUUUGACAGACUGCUAUGGCCCAUACGCAUCAUCCGCUUUGGCAACGCAGUCGCUUCUGAGAAACAUCGCAGGCGCCGGUUUUCCUCUAUUCAUUAACAAGAUGUUCCAGGCGUGGUCGUUUCGUUCAUGCAACCUGUUCUUCGCUGGAAUGGCUGUGUUAUUGAUUCCGAUCCCAUUCAUUCUCGUCAGAUUCGGACCCAAUCUCCGGGCAAAGAGCCCGUUUUCCGAUGAAAUCAUGAAUCCGAGAACGGAGAGGUGAUACAAUGCAGUAAUA